AUGUCGCGCGGGCAGAUUAUACACAGUGGGCACUUUAUGUGUUCGAAUCCCCACGACGAUCUAGUACAAGAUGAAGAUGAAGAAGAUGUUGAAGUGGAUGUAGUUGAAGAUGAUGAUAAAUCAAUGGAAGCAUCAUCAUCAGUUCAUCAUAAAAAUAAGGCUCUCGACGAGAAACCGGUGACGUUUUACAAGUUUGGAGUUGGUAAAACACAGUCGAUCGCGAUUGAUGUAUCACUGAAUAAGUUGAACAAAUGUAUCAAAGUUGCUUAUAACAAAAUGACAACUCCAAAAUGGAAGGAUUUCAAAGGAUUACGUCUUCAUUGGAAGCAGAGGGUACGAUUGAAUAAUGUUAUUUGGAGAGCAUAUUAUAUUGAAUUUCGAAAAAAGCAGCCAGAAAAGCCGAAAAAACCAUUCUGCUACUUUGCCGUACCCGACGAUGACACAACACAUCAAAAAAUCGAGGGAUCGAUUGUCGAAGGAAUGUAUUGGAAAAGAAAAAUGGAAGGUGUGUGUGCACAAUAUAAACGAUGGAGAAUUCGUUCGAAACAUAAUUUGGUCACGGAUAAGGGAGGAAUGGUGGCGACGUGCUCUUCGACAAGCGUCAGCAGUAUGACGGGAGAAUUGAAACGGAAAAGGAAACACACCGUUCCAAAAGAAACAAUUGAAAGCAAGUUGCGAAGCUAUGAGCCACCUGUAAAACUUCAAAGAAGUCAGACGCCAAAACACACGAUUUCUGAUGAAUUUGCAUGGGAUUUUGAUGACUUGGAUAAUGUUUUCACUGAUGAUUUUCUAAAUUCUCUGAGUGAACCUUACAUGUUUCCGGAUCCAAGAGAUGUUUAUAGUGGAAAUAACGCUGAUAUCAUGCAGCCAGGACUCCUCCCACUACAGCCAACAAUCGAGGAUAUCAUGAUGUCAUUAGGCGACGAUAUGCCAGAUUCUCCGCCAUUCCACAAUGAUCGGGACACAAUGAGAACUCCGACGAAUGAUCAGCCAUCAAUAUCAGCACAACAAAUUCCUCAAAUGAGAAGAUCUGCUUCAUCUUCGGCGUCUUUGCAUCAAAUGCAAGUUGCUCAGGCUCAGGCUCAAUCCAUAUCUCAAAUAUCUCAACCAUCUCAACAACUGCAACAUCAAAUUCAAAUUCAACAACCUGUUGCGGCUCGUCCACAUGAGUUUAUGGCUUCGUCGAUUAUGAUGGACUAUCGAUUAAUGCCGACACGACAAUCAUCUGCAAUUACUUCACAAAUGCUUAUGCUCAGUCAAUCCGCAUCGACAUUGUCUUCACAACCACAGUAUGCCACAUCAACACACUAUAGCACGAAUAACUCAUUUCUCCCAAUUCGAAAUACAAUGACAAACCAACAUCAUUUGGGCCAUACGAGUCAGCAUUCACCUUGGAAUAAGCAACAACAAAGUAACUUCUUGGUUUCCCUACCACAUCAAUCCCACGUCGAACGAAUUCUGAAUAAUCAACCACCACUUGUUCCGCCUCCAUCCAGAUCUAAUUUGCUGCCGACUCAAAAUGAUCCAUAUCUUCCUCAAUUUCUUCAAUCCACUCAACCUACUCCACAACCCCAAUCUCAUGAUCCAAUGAUGGCUCCAUCGAGAUCAUGGUGGCUGGAUAGUCCGUUGACUGCAAGUGUUCAAUCACCAUUAUCAGUAGCAACACCAUUGCCUCUUGCCAAUCAAACGGGACCGCAGACUCCAUUGGGUCAGCUUAUUGGGAGUGCGGACAACGGUUUUUUAUUCGGUGGAAAUAAUACACCGGGUGGAUUUAAAAUGAGUGGGACUACCAGUGGUGUUCCAACUUUAUCACAAAGAUUAGAACAACCUCCAAUUAGUCGAACUUCAACAAUUUUUGGAAAUGUCGAGAAUAAACCUGAAAGAAUAUUCACUUCAUUAACAUCACAGAAUACACCAACACCAUCUCCUCUGGAUAUUUCUAGCCUUUCUCGCUUACGCACAUCAUCUCUCAAUGAAUCAUGGAAAAUGAGUCAUAUAGUAGAAGGAUCGCCUACUUAUCAAGCUUUUGCUGCGUCGGUUACCACGAAGCCGUCAAUAUUAGAAAGUCCUUCAACAUCUGGAGAUAUUAGUGGUCCCGCGUCAGUUCCAGUACAAGCUUCACAGCAUCCACCGAAGAUCAUCACACCACCGUCGGCGUCGUCAAAACGAAAAGAGCAAGAAGCAGCGAUGGCGCCAUUAGUGAACAGGCAGCAGUCUUGUGAUGUCAAUCUACUCAAUGGAAAAAUGGCUGUGAAGGUCGAGGAGAAAUCCGGAAGGCAUUACUUACCAACCACACCCACCGAAUUGAAGGAAGUAACAAAAGAAGAACCACUGUUGAUGAGUGCACCAUCAAGUGUCAAAUCAAUGCGACGACAAGCUCCAGAUUCCACAUUGCACCCAGAAGAACGCAAAAGAAUAUUGCAUUUACACGCUGAGCAAAACCGAAGAAGUGCACUGAAAGAUGGAUUCGACCAGCUUAUGGAUAUUAUACCCGAUUUGUAUUCUGGCGGUGUUAAGCCAACGAAUGCUGUCGUUCUAGCCAAGUCAGCGGAUCAUAUUCGAAGAUUGCAGGCCGAAAAAUGGGAUAAAACACAGAAGAUCGACGAGGCCAAAGCGAAAAUCGAAAAACUGAAUCAGAAAAUAACAUCCUUACAAUCAAAUCUUCCCCAAUCGAGUGCACCAUCCAGUUCAUCACAGGUGGACUCGAAAACUUCACUGGAAACAUUUUUCGAUAGAUAUGUCAAAGAAGGCGCGAAAAAGAAUUGGAGAUUUUGGGUGGUAAGUUAUCUAGCAGAAAAGUUGAAAUUUUUUUAAAAUCUAUUGCUGAAAAAUCGAAAUAUUUCUCCACCAAGGUGCACAUCCUUUUGGCACUAAAAAAGAAUUUAUCACGUCGAGGCCCGUAUUUUUGACAAAGCAACCGCAAAAAUUUUGAAUUACUAUUGAGACAAAUUAAUACAACUUCAUAAUAGAUGUCCCAAAUGCUGAAACCAAUCUGUGUCACACAAACAAACUCUUUCGCAUCGUCUGUAGCAGGAGACUCGUCGUCAAGAAAUGAAGUAGCCGCCUCGUGUUCUGAUUGGCUGAACAAAAAUUGGAAAGCCACAGAACUUCGGCCGCUUGCGAGUACACUUUUGGUAAAUAUAAUAUAGAUACUCAUUAAUAAUCAAUUUAUAAAUUUCAGGUCUCUCUUGCAACCAACUCGAGCAUUCUCGCCGAGCCGGACACUCUUCCCGAUUAUGUCAUGCAACAACUCAAAAAUCCAUUUUGAACUGCUCAUUAUAGAAUCAUGUUUAUUGUUUUUAACAUACGAUUUUUCUGCGUAGAUUUGUUUAGAUUUUUUGAAAUAUCUCAGUCCCUUUCAUGUUGCCAUAACUUUUUAUCCAGGAUUCUAAUCAUUUAGAUUCAAUCACGGGUUUUUUUCCCACUAGCAGCCACCACAGAAACAGCCCUCGUUUAUAUGUUCGGGUUACCUUUAUAUUACAGUUUGCUCAAUUUCUCAUGUAUUAAAUGUACAUUGUCUCUACCUCUUCUGGUAAUUUUAAAAAGAAAGAAUUAUACAUUUUAAAUUUA